AUGGAGGCUCUCAAACAGACGUUCAAGCGCUGCAAAGCAGAGAACCGGGCCGCUUUAGUCACCUAUGUCACCUCCGGCUACCCCAACCCCGAGGAAACGCCCGAUAUUCUGCUGGGAAUGCAAAAUGGUGGUGCUGAUGUCAUUGAACUUGGCGUACCCUUCACAGACCCAAUCGCGGACGGCCCAACCAUCCAGACGUCGAACACCGUUGCUCUCGCCAAUGGUGUCACCAUCAAGUCCACAUUAGAGAUCGUUCGGGAAGCUCGAUCAAAAGGAUUGACCGCCCCGGUCCUAUUGAUGGGUUACUAUAACCCGCUGCUCAGUUAUGGCGAGGAUGCCCUCUUACGAGAUUGCAAGGAGGCGAACGUAAACGGCUUCAUCGUUUGCGACCUGCCGCCGGAAGAGGCUGUCUCUUUCCGAAAAUUGUGUAGCAGGGGUGGUCUAUCAUAUGUUCCCCUGAUCGCGCCCGCGACGUCCGACACUCGUAUGAAAAUCCUAUGCGCCCUCGCCGAUUCUUUCAUUUACGUCGUAUCACGUAUGGGCGUGACUGGUGCUCUAGGUACCCUCAAUGCGAACCUGCCGAACCUUCUCGAGCGGGUUAAGAAGUACAGUGGCGACAAGCCGGCCGCCGUCGGCUUCGGUGUGUCGACACGCGAACACUUCCAGUCUGUGGCCUCCAUCGCCGACGGUGUAGUUAUUGGUUCGGAGAUUGUCACGACCCUCCGGAAGGCCGAACCCGGUACCGGAGCUAAAGCUGUUGAGGAGUACUGCGCUUACGUGAGCGGGCGGACGGCAGAGGAGACGACGCGGGAAGUAGGCGUCAUGGAGGCUAUUAGCGCAGCCAAGGAACCUAGCGGUGAGGAUGUGACUGUCAACGGAGUCAUUUCUGAGCACGACGAUGCUGCCCUCGUCGCUCAACUUGCGGCCCUCCACGGCAAGAUCCCGGAGCGGUUCGGCGAGUUUGGCGGCCAAUACGUGCCGGAAUCGCUCAUGGACUGCUUGUCCCAGUUGGAGGAUGGCUUCAAUGCCAUUAAGGACGACCCAAAGUUUUGGGAGGAGUAUAGGUCUUACUACCCCUGGAUGGGACGGCCGGGCCAGCUCCACCUGGCUGAGCGCUUGACCGAGUAUGCUGGCGGGGCUAACAUCUGGUUGAAGAGAGAAGACUUGAACCAUACAGGAUCCCACAAGAUCAAUAAUGCUUUGGGACAACUUCUGCUGGCGAAGCGAUUGGGCAAGAAUAAAAUUAUUGCCGAGACCGGUGCCGGCCAACACGGUGUAGCAACCGCUACAGUCUGCGCUAAGUUCGGUAUGGAAUGCACAGUCUUUAUGGGUGCUGAAGAUGUUCGACGUCAGGCGCUCAACGUGUUCCGGAUGCGGUUGCUCGGUGCCAAGGUCAUCGCAGUCGAGGCCGGCAGCAAGACUCUUCGGGAUGCCGUAAAUGAAGCACUUCGGUACUGGGUUGUUCAUCUACACGACACUCACUAUAUUAUUGGGUCUGCUAUUGGCCCCCAUCCCUUCCCUACCAUUGUCAGAACGUUCCAGUCAGUCAUCGGAAACGAGACGAAGGCACAGAUGCAAGAGAAGCGGGGAAAGCUGCCCGAUGCUGUUGUCGCCUGCGUCGGUGGAGGUAGCAAUGCCGUCGGCAUGUUCUACCCCUUUUCUAACGACCCUAGCGUUAAACUACUAGGCGUCGAAGCUGGCGGAGACGGCGUCAAUACCUCACGGCACUCGGCCACGUUAACUGGGGGUACUAAGGGUGUGCUACACGGCGUAAGAACCUAUGUUUUGCAAAACGAAUUCGGACAGAUCUCAGACACGCACUCGAUUUCGGCUGGACUCGAUUAUCCAGGUGUCGGACCCGAAUUAUCGAACUGGAAGGACUCUCAGCGGGCCAAGUUCAUCGCAGCCACCGAUGCCGAGGCCUUCAUCGGUUUUAAACUCAUGAGCCAGCUGGAAGGUAUCAUUCCUGCUCUCGAGUCAGCUCACGGUAUUUAUGGCGCCCUUGAGCUGGCCAAGACAAUGAAGAAGGACGAAGACAUAGUCAUCUGCCUCAGCGGCAGAGGUGACAAGGACGUCCAGAGCGUUGCCGAUGAGUUGCCUAAGCUAGGACCUCAGAUCGGAUGGGAUUUGCGAUUUUAA